AUGAAGGCUUUCAACCUCAUCGCCCUCGCGGCCCUGGCCGGAUCGGCCGCCGCCCAGACACACAGCGACUGCGAUCCCACAAAGAGAGACGGUUGUCCAGCAGACUCGGCCCUCGGCACCGAACACACCUGGUACUUUAAUGAAACCCUCGACAGCACUAUCUGGAACAUGAGCACCGGCUCAAUCAACUACGUCGAUGAUGGCGCUGAAUUCACCAUCGAAGCCGUCAAUGCGUCCACUCUGCUGCAAUCCAACUUUUACAUCUUCUUCGGAGUUGUCGAAUCUUGGGUCAAAAUGGCCAAGGGUGCCGGUAUCGUUAGCAGUGUUGUUCUAGAGUCCGAUGACCUGGACGAGAUUGAUUGGGAAUGGGUCGGUUACAACACCUCCUCCGUGCAGACCAACUUCUUCGGCAAAGGUAACGACUCCACCUUCGACCGCGGUGCCUUCCACAAUGUCGCCAACGCCGAUUCCGAAUUCCACAACUACACCACCUACUGGGACCAGUAUAAGUUGGAGUGGUAUAUCGACAACGAGCUCGUCCGCACCCUUAAGUACGAUGAUAAGGGCACUCUCGGCGGCAAGAACUAUCCCCAGACUCCCUGUCGGGUCAAGGUCAGCAAUUGGCCCGCCGGUACUAAAGAAGCCGCCCAGGGAACUGUCGACUGGGCCGGUGGUCUUGUCAACUACGAUGAUGCUCCCUUCACCAUGACCGUUGGAAAGGUUCGCAUCCAGGAUUUCCACACAGGCAAGGAAUACACAUACGGCGACAAAACUGGCGACUGGCAAAGCAUCAAGAAGUCCCUAGCUGAGAAGUGGGACGAUCUCGGCACUGGCGCCCACGUCGGCGUGUAUGUCGGCGCCUCGGCCGCCGGUGUCCUCCUCAUUGCAGGAUUCAUGCUCUGGUGUCUCCGUCAGCGCCGCAAGGGCCGUCUCGAAUACGCCCUCGACGACGCUCGCUACGCCAACGAGCGCACCGAUGCCCAGAACUUCCAGAACGACUGGAAGCAGACUGAAUGGAGAAACAGCGGAUAUCGCCAGGUCAGCUAG